AUGUUUGAUGCUAAACCUGCUUCUGUGCCUCUAGCUGCUGAUUUUAUGUUGAGUCAAGAUCUGUGCCCUAAGUCUGAGACUGAACUUGAUGUUAUGAAGAGAAUUCCUUAUACUAAUGCUAUUGGAUCUGUGAUGUAUUUGAUGGUUAGCACUAGGCCUUAUAUUGCCUAUACAGUUUCUUGUCUUAAUAGAUAUAUGUCAAAUCAUAGUCCUGUUCAUUGGGAAACUCUGAAAUGGUUGCUUAGAUACUUGAAGCAAACUGCUAAGUAUGGAUUAUGCUAUUCUAAGUGUGAUGAUGGUGUCUUACUAACUGGUAUUGUGGAUUCCAAUUAUGCUAAUGACAAGGAUAAGAGGAAUUGGAAAUCUCAGUUGCAGCAUAUAGUGGCCCUGUCUACUACUGAGUCAGAGUAUAUUGCCAUCACUGAGGCAAUGGAAGAGGCUGUAUGGUUACAGAGAGUGCUCUCUGAACUUAAGUUUGUGAAAACUUCUCCUGUUGUGUUCUCUGAUUCUCAAUCUGCUAUUCAGUUAUGUAAAAAUCCUGUUUUCCAUGAUAGGACAAAGCAUAUAGAUGUAAGGAUAGGUUGCAUGUCCCGGGGGAGGGGGGGGGAGGAAGACCUCAGCCUUCUUAUCAACUGUGGUAAGGGUGAUAAGUGGAGGCAUGAAGUCCUUUUAGACUAA